AAAACAUUACCAGUAUAAUGCCGGCAGCAUCUGAAACCUGAGACUAGAGUCUGUCCAUUCCUGCAGUUUUGCCCGUGUGUCCUGAUGAUGGCCUCUCUCUCCACCCCACCUGCUACCGCCGGCGUCUCCCCGUCGCCCCGCCCUUCCCUCCUCGCGUACAAGAAGGCUGCUGGGCUCACCCCAUCUCCAUGGUGCGGGUGGAGGAGGGCGGCGGUGGCCACCGCAGCCACGAGCUCCAAUCGGACCGCUGCACCAGCCGAGACCAUUGUCACUGGAAAUGAUGUCCCUCUCUUGUCUUUUGCUGAGGUUGCAGAAAGGCUUGAUGAAUUCCAUGCAUCUGGAACCAGAAAUCAAAAUUACAUGGCCAUGUACUCUAGUAUUUUUGGUGGAAUUACCACAAAUCCUUCUGCAAUGGUGAUACCAAUCGAUGAUCACAUGGUCCACAGAGGACAUGGUGUUUUUGAUACUGCAGCUAUUAUGAAUGGGCACCUCUAUGAGUUAGAGCAGCAUCUUGACCGCUUCCUGAAGUCUGCAUCAAUGGCCAAAAUCACGCUGCCUUUUGAUCGGUCAACAAUUCGGAGCAUACUUAUUCAAACUGUGAGUGCAUCAAAAUGCACCCAAGGAUCACUCAGGUACUGGCUAUCUGUUGGACCAGGAGACUUCCAGCUAUCUUCAGCUGGUUGUGCAAACUCAGCCCUGUAUGCUAUUGUCAUUGAAAGUCCAUCGUUACCAGUACCAGCAGGAUGCAAGGUGAUCACAUCAUCGAUACCGAUAAAAUCUCAACAGUUUGCGGUCAUGAAAAGUGUAAACUACCUGCCAAAUGCACUCACUAAAGUGGAAGGCGAAGAAAAUGGUGGAUUCACCGGCAUAUGGUUGGAUGAUGAGGGUUUCGUAGCAGAGGGUUCCAACAUGAAUGUUGGCUUCGUGACACAAAGCAAGGAGCUCCUCAUGCCCCGUUUCGACAAGAUCCUUAGCGGGUGCACGGCAAAACGGGUUCUGACCCUUGCCAAGCAGCUAGUGGCAGAUGGAAGGCUCAGCGGGAUCAGUUCAAGGAAUGUGAGUGUCCAGGAAGGGAAGGCGGCUGAUGAGAUGAUGCUCAUUGGUAGUGGUAUUCUUGUCAAACCUGUUGUUCAGUGGGAUGAUCAGAUAAUUGGCUCAGGCAAAGAAGGCCCAAUUGCUCAGAUGCUUUUCAACCUCAUUCUUGAGGACAUGAGAUCCGGUCCACCUUCAGUCCGCAUCCCUGUCUCCUAUUGAAACUGCUGACAUCUCACCGAUCUUUCUACAGAUAUGUGAUAAAUAACAGAACAUGUAUUAUUAGGAACAAGGAACGAUUACUAGAAUUCUGAGACUAGUCACGUAAAGCUACACUCUAUAUUUGCAUAAUUCAGAAGGUGUGUUCUUCAGUUGCAACCUUGUGCUCUCAGACAUCUUAAUCCUGAAUUUAAAGCUUUGCUAUCCAGAUGCUACACCAAGCAAGGGGGGCAAGGAUUUUGGUAGCUGUUGAUCAAUGUAGAGAAGAUGUGGAUAUUGUACAAAGAAACCUGUGAAACUGUUAAAUUUGUACAGGUUUUAUUAUGUCUUGAGUA